AUGGUCCCGGUUGGCUGCAACUAUACGACAUCCGGUACAAUGCAGUGGCCCCGGGGGAGUGUAGAACAAUGUCUAACACUGUCACUCACAUCUGCACAUGUGCCAAAGAUGCACGAUCUGGCCAGGUUCCUUCAGUCUCUUUACGUAUUCAUGGAUGAGCCACGAUUCGCACAACCCAUCCCGAAUGUGACAGUAGCAGUCGGCAGAGAUGCUAAUCUUCCCUGUGUGGUAGAACAUUUAGGUUCCUAUAAGGUCGCCUGGAUCCACAUAGACCGGCAGAUGAUACUGACGAUACAUCGGCACGUAAUCUCCCGGAUUCCCCGGUACAGCGUGACCUACGAUAACUCCAAUACGUGGCUGCUGCAUGUCAACCAGGCCCAGCAGGACGAUCGGGGCUACUACAUGUGUCAAGUCAACACAAAUCCAAUGAUCAGCCAGGUCGGCUAUCUGCAAGUAGUGGUGCCUCCAAAUAUCCUGGAUAUCGAGAGCACACCCUCGUCGGUGGCUGUGCGAGAAAACCAGAAUAUCAACAUGACGUGUCGGGCCGAUGGAUUUCCCACACCAAAGAUCAUUUGGAGGCGUGAGGAUGGCCAAAGCAUCACCGUCGAACGAAAGAAGAAAGUGAUGGUUUACGACGGCGAAGUGCUACAUCUGACGAAAGUGAGCCGAAACGAGAUGGGUGCUUAUCUCUGCAUCGCCACUAAUGGUGUGCCACCAUCAGUGUCUAAGCGGAUUAUCCUUGACGUAGAAUUUUCACCGAUGAUCUGGGUUCCCAAUCAAUUGGUUGGAGCUCCGCUGUCAACGGAUGUCACGAUAGACUGCCACACGGAAGCACAUCCUAGGGCGAUCAUCUACUGGGUCUACAACUCGGUGAUGGUACUUCCGAGUAAAAAGUAUAUAAUCGAUUACAACGAAAACUCUUAUCGAGCACACAUGAAGCUGACCAUCAAGAAUUUAUCGCUCGGUGACUUUGGGAAUUACCGAUGCAUAUCGAAAAACUCCUUGGGGGAGACGGAAGGAUCAAUACGUGUUUACGAAAUUCCUCUGCCGUCGACACCGUCGAAACAAAUAACGCACGUAGUGGAACCGAAAGAAGCCACGGUACCGCGAAACGAAACCAUUAAGGUCGUCCAACCCGAGGUACUAUUCCCAAUUAAGAACGACGAAAGCUACGCGCAACGUUCCCCCAACGGUAUCCCGUUCGAGCGCAAGGGUUUGGCAUUCGGACAAAGCUUCUACACCGAUAUGCCACCGAAAGAUUUCGGCUUCUCUCACGCAGCCACAUCACUGCGAUGGAACUGCAAUGUGUACUAUACGCUCGUAAGGAUCGUGAGUAUAUCGUCAUCUCUCACGUACAGUUACUGCAUCGUCAACCAACUGUUUCUGUAA